AUGCUUAACUGCAUCGACAACUCAGGUGCCGCCAUAGUCGAAUGCGCCUUAGUAGUUGGCCAGAAAAGACACGCCACCAUUGGUGACAGAAUAGUAGCCAUCGUCCAAAAGCAGCGCGGCGCAAGUGAUGCUGGUAUGGGUGCAGCUUCAGCGGCAAAUAAAGUCAAACGCGGCGAUAUCCGUCAUGCUAUUAUUGUACGCACCAGGAAGCAGGUCCAGCGCCCUGAUGGUAGCGUCGUCCGCUUCGACGACAACGCCUGCGUUCUUAUCAAUAAGGCCGGAGAUCCUAUCGGCACUCGUGUGAACGGCGUAGUAGGUGCCGAAUUAAGGAGACGGGGAUGGAGCAAGAUCUUGAGUAUGGCACCUGCGCAUGCGUAG